UAAAAAAUGUGUUCUCUCUCUCUCUUUUUAGCAUGAGCGCGUGUAUAGAUAUACAUAGUACUUUAUAUACACAUUGUAGGCGCGUAAACGCGACGUAGGCGAGCUACCGAAACACGGAAAGUUAGAGUAUCAGCAACGAGCUCAAGCACGUUCCAUUACAUAGGCGUAUAUCAAAAUUCUAUAUCUAUGCAAUUCCGUGCAUGCUCCUGUCGUUCUCGCAUGUAAGAGCUGCGCGUCGUCAUCGUCGAGUGCAACUCGCUGAGCUAUUGUAUGCCGCAAUAAAGAGCAUAACUCAUCGACUCCGUGUUGUUCCGUGUGUGUAUGUGUGAGCAGUCUCGCGCUCGACGAGGAACCACGUGACGCAUUUUAUAAUACACCUACACGACGACGAUCCAAAAUCAACCUGUGCACAGUGUGCUGUGACACACUGCUGAUUAUAAAGCAGCGAGUGUUGUUCUCCGUGCAUGUGUUUGUGCGCGCGUGUAAAUGUACGCGAAAAAAAAAUACACACAUUUGCGCGAGAGAGAGAGAGAGAGAGCCAAGCUCUGCGGCGCACGCCUGCAAGCGAAUCGUGCAAAAUAAUGAGCUCGCCAGUAACGCCCGUACGUGUGCAGUGUGUAGGUAUACUGCUGCUCCUCGUCCAUCCUCGUCGUCUGUAUGUAUAAUAUAAGAGUGUCGUCUAACAAUUAUAGUGGAGUUUUCACCGAGUUACUGGUAGCCUAACUCGCUCGUGUAAACACGCGCCUUUUCGCCUCAAAAGUUCUUACACACUAUCUCUCAUUAUUAUUAUGCACCUUUGUCGCGUAUGCACAAGUGUGUGAGUGUGCGUUGUCUCGUGUCUGCUGCUGCUGCUGGUGCACAUGUGCGCGACUGCUGCACUGGCUCCGCUGCAUUAUAUAUACGAACUGCUGCUGCCCCAGGCGCGCCGAAGCACGAGCACGAUAAUAGUGCUGCGACGAGCUUUUCAGGCUCGUUGAUAUGAUCUCCGAUGCUCCGGUAGUGGCUCGGAGAAAGUCGUCCGGUCGUAGCGGCGGCGGUGGCUGCUGCAAUUGUCCCUGCCAUCAUCAUUGCUCCACCAGCUGUCCAGACGAUGCCGAGAGUAUGACUGGUGAGAUAGAAAACGGCGAUCUGGCCGUCCGAGACGUUGCUGAUCUCCUCCAGCCUCAGUACGCCAUAAUUGCUGGUGGAAAAACUCGGGAAGGUUGUCCCAUCAUAACAUUUCCGGACAAUGGCAAUUUUCACAAUCUCAGCGACUUGGAUUAUCAGCGUCUUAUGCUCUAUCUAACUUCUGUUCCAACGUUACACGAAGCCGACUUGGGAUUCCACUUGGUGAUCGACCGAAGGAACGAUAAAUGGAAUUCAGUAAAAACUAUACUAUUGAAAAUUUCUGCUUUUUUUCCCGGCCUCGUGCACGUCGCCUACGUGCUGCGGCCCGUGGGCUUCUUGCAGAAGGCCAUCUCCGAGGUGUCGAACAAGCUGUUCCGCGAGGACUUCAAGUUCCGCGUGAUCGUUCUGACGAGCGUGUGCGAGCUGCACGAGUUCAUUGACAAGGACCAGCUGACCGAUCAGCUCGGCGGUCAUCUGCCCUACUGCCAUCACACUUGGAUUCAGAAUCGAAUCAAUCUCGAGAAGUUCUCGUCGAUGACGCAGGACGUGUCGCUGGCACUGGACUCGUUCACGCGCCGACUGGCCGAGAUCGAGUUCCCGAACAAUGCCCUGGCGACGACGAGUCUGCUCAGCCAGCAGCAAGCCGAGUACAACGAGCUCAAGGAGGAGAUCAUGAGCGCGGCCAGGCACGGCGAGAGCCUGCUCGACAGUGUGCGCCAGCUCACCGGCAAGGGCACGGCCGAUCGACUCGGUAACGUCGCCGCCGUGGAGAGGCUACUGGUCCAGCUCGAGGAGACCGAGCAGACGUUCGAUCUGUUCUGGUCGCAUCACAGCUCGCGACUGAGGCACUGCCUGGCGCUGCGUCAGUUCGAGCAGGACUUCCGAGAGCUGCAGGCCAGCCUCGAUCAGCACCUGAAGACGUUGGACGACAUGAACGAGGUCGGCGAGACGAGGGCCCGAGUCGAUCAGCUGAUACGCGACACGACGGCCUUUCAGCGUGUCUGCAGGGGAGACUUGGACAGAGCCGAAGAGGUGAUAAGCGCCGGCCAGCAGCUGCUCAGCGAUCGGCAUCAGUGUCCCGCGGAGGUCGUCGAGCCCAAGUGCGUCGAGCUUCAGCGCGUUUGCACCAUUCUCGGGCAGCGCCUAGAGCGCCGACUGCACACCCUGGCCAAGUGUCGCGAGCUCAUGGAGCACAUCGACAAGGCCAACGCCUGGUGCACACGGGGCGUCGAGCUGCUCGCCGCGCAGAACGCCUCCACCCCCGCGGAUCGUGCCCUCCAGGAGCUGCAGUCGCUGAUCGAGGCAGCCGAGGAUUUUCACUUUCAGGACUCGAUCAUGCCCGAGACCAAGGCACUGGUGACGCAGGUGCUGCAGCGCAUCGAGGACGUGUCGAUGAUGUGCGACAAGCGCAUCAACGCCCUGAAGCAGCAGCUGCUCAAGCCGGUCACGCGACCGGUGCAGCCGGUGACGCCGGAGCCGGCCAAACCCCUGCCGCCGGCUCCGGUGCUCUGCACCAGGACGGGACGAGUAUUGAAGAAGGCCAACACUCUGCCCAGAAUGGAUGGAUCGGGCGCGAUGGACGGGGCCGUUCCCGGUGAGAUAUCCUCGCCCGAGAGCGAGCCUCGCGAUCUCGAGGCUCUGCGACUGAAGCGCGGCCACGUCCUGGCCGAACUCGUCGACACGGAGCGCAUCUACGUGGCCGAGCUCGGCUCCAUCGUCCAGGGCUACAAGCUCGAGAUGAGCAACGAGGAGAUGGCCCACCUCGUGCCCCAGGCCCUCGUCGACAAGCAGGACAUCCUGUUCGGCAAUCUCGAGGACAUCUAUCUGUUUCACGGCGAGACGUUUCUGGUCGACCUCGAGAACUGCAUCUCGAACACGCAGCUGGUGGCGCUGUGCUUCGUACAGCGCAGGGACGCCUUUUACCGCUUGUACAGCUACUACUGUCAGAACAUACCGCGCUCGGAGCGGCUCAGGGAGCAGGUCCAGCACGAGCCGCAGUUCCUCGCCGCGUGCCAGCAAAAGCUCGGCCACAAGCUGCCGCUGGCGGCCUACCUGCUCAAGCCCGUGCAGCGCAUCACCAAGUAUCAGCUGCUGCUCAAGGAUCUGCUCAAGUACAGCAGCGACGUCGAGCAGUCGUGCUGCGCCGAGCUCCAAGAGGCCCUGGACUGUAUGCUGGUCGUGCUCAAGUGCGUCAACGACAGCAUGCAUCAGACUGCCAUCACCGGUUUCGGGGGCGAUCUGAGCUCGCAGGGCGACCUCCUGCUCCAGGGCUCGUUCAGCGUCUGGAGCAGCAGCAAGCGCGAGCGACUGCCCCGGCUCAAGCCGUCGCAGCGACACAUCUUCCUGUACGAAAAGAGCGUGAUAUUCUGCAAGCACAGCAAGCCGCAGGCGCACACCAAGGCCACGUAUCACUUCAAGCGCUACCUCAAGACGUCGCAGAUCGGCCUGACCGAGUCCGUCAAGGGCGACGCUCGGCGCUUCGAGAUCUGGCUGCAGGGCCGCUCCGAGGUGCACACCAUACAGGCGUCGAGCAUCGACGUCAAGCAGGCCUGGGUCAGGCAGAUCAAGGCUGUGCUUAUGUCCCAGCUAGCCGAGCUCAAGGGCAAGCAAAACACGGCUCUGCAAGGCAGAGGUGGACAGAAGUUCACCAUGGAAUUACCGUUGAGGCAGACGAUAUCGUGGGACGCCCAGAGCAGCCUGUCGGGCUCGCUGCGCACGCUGUCGAUCGACAGCAACAGCAUGAACUCCCACCUCACGGACAUCUCGCAGUCGACGGACAACGAGGACGUCGGCUGGAGCUCGGAGAACAGCAAUUCCGACGACGAAGACACGUUCGGCGACGUACCGGGCCCGGCUCCAGGCAGCAGAUACAUCGCCCUAGCCGACUACUGCGCCAUGGGCCAGUCCGAGGUGACGAUGCGCGAAGGCGACAGCCUCGAGCUGCUCAAGGUCGGCUGCGCCGGCUGGUGGUUCGUCAAGCUCGUCGGGGCCGGCCUCGAGGGCUGGGCACCGGCCUCCUACCUCGAGCCCGUCAGCCGCAAGACGUCGCGCAGCUCCCAGUCGUGCAGCAACAACAGCGGCGGGAGUAGCCAGGAGGCCAUGUGAAAUCGGCGAUUAACACACUAAAUCGUGAUUACGUAUUAGUGUGUUAAAGAGGACACCGAAAUGCACCUUUUAAUACGAAUGCAAAACAAAAACCGUCGAAAAAGAAUGUUUUUUGACAAAAAUAUAUUGUAACAUUAGUACGAGUGUGGUUUAUACAUGACACUUGACUUAUAUCUACGAAUUGUUGCGAACAAUAUAUAUAGUUUUCCAUUCCCGAUGUAAAUAAUAAAAUACUCACGCGUUGCGACUGUUGUCGUUCGGAAUCUCUAAUACAUAAGUCAUCGUUAUAGCGUCUGUUAAAAAAAAAAUAAUACGUCAUCGCGAGGCCCUUUUUGUUUUUAUAAUCAUGUUUGAUAAUGAUUAGCCAAUUUUAAUGAACAAUCAAUAUCGUGGUAAAAUAUAUCCGAAAGGGCGAUUGUAAUUUUUGUAAAUAACCAAGAUUCUUCCUCUUUAAGCUUCGCAAAAAAACAAUCAUGUACGCGUUGUGUGUGAAUUGAGAAACUGCCAUCUACGAUUUGUAUCUCCAUCCACGAGCGAUGAAAUAAAAUCAUGUCUCACCCAGUUCACCAUCAAAUUUUUGUCCGUAUUUUUUCACUGUAAAUCAUAUACGAAUUAAUAAUACAAAUAAAUUCAACAUUCCCCAUCGACGAUUUCAUACGUUGAUCCGUAGAGGAAAUGAAAAUAAUAGAAUUAAUGUUUCGACCAAACUUCUUCAAUCAUAUGUAAUGUUUAAGAAUUAAUCGAAGCAUAAAUAGCACAGAUCAUUCAUUAAAGUGUCUUCAGCCAAGAACUUUUGGAUAAAUUAUCAAUAAGAGGAAAUCGACACCAACCAUUAAAUAAAGAAUGAAUGAAUGCACGCAAUAAAAUCAGUUGCUAAUUAAAAAACAAUAAAUUUCAAAAAAAUAAUCAUAAGCUUUGUAUUAAAAAAUUAAUGGAAGAAACGAGCUGCUUAAUAAAAGGACAUUUUUAAAUGUACAUAGAUAUUGAAUUAAAACAUUGUCAAUAUUGUUAGUUUAUCUAAGAUUUAUUUGUGUCGAUGAAAAGUUGUCAAUGAAAAAAUUAGAUACGCCAAUUAAUUAUAAAUGUUUCGUUUACAUAUAAUAUAGGUUUUUGGACACACAUAUUACUCAUCACGAUCGAUUUUUUUAUAAAUUUUUAUGUCAUCUUAAAGAAUUUUAAUUAAAAAAAUCGUUGUAUAUUUUCAUAUAUUUUUCAAUCAUGUUAGAAUAUAAAAGGGAAAUAAUUAAAGGACAACUUUGAAAAUAAAACUUGGCUCCAGAUAUUGUUUUUAUAUACGAUCACAUAAUAUGAUUAUUGCGCUUUUAAAGAUUAUUAUUGAAAUCUCAAAGCUAUUGAAAUAUUUUUCCGACCAUGCCAAGUUUAAUUGUAUUAUACAGCCAAGAUUGUUUGUACAGACAAUAAGAAUGUCUCUUUAUAAAAUAUUCGAUGAAAAAUCUAUAAAUGAUUUUGCAAGAUGAAAUAAUAGCUUUAAACUGUUUUGUAUAUGUAUAAGUAGUCUGUUAACUUCCUAUUAAACCACUAAGAUAAAAAGUGCUUGAAAUAGAAUUAUGACAACAACCUGAAAACCAAUAUAAGAUAUUAAAAAUUCCUAUUUUAAUUAAAAUUGUUCUUCAUACGUCGCCCAUGAUAUACAAAAUUAUGUUUUCAAGUGAUUCAACAAAAAAGAUAAAAAAAUAUUAGAAUCGCAAUAUGUUCUGUUGAUAAAACCAUAUUUUAUGGAAUCUCACUGCAUUCUCAUGAACAAAAUAAUUAAAAAUUUUCGUCCACAAAUCAAAUUCCAAGGUUUACUUUUCGAUUUUUAAGAAUGCAAAAACAUAAGGGUAAAACAGUGACAAUUAAUUUUAUAAAAACUAAAAAAUUCCUCGCAUUGAAAAUUGGAUUUACUUAGACAAAUAAGAUAAAAACUAAAAAAAGUUAUUCACCACUCUGAUUAUAUAACAAUAUAAGCAAUAAUUUAUACACUAUUGAAGUAUUAGAAAUGAAACAACAAUCAAUUUUUUUUGAAAAAUCUGAAGUCUGGCUUUUGAGAGAUUAUUGUAGCUGAUCGAUUUUCACAAAAACAAACAUUUUUUAUGCAACUUUAUCCUAAUUGCUUCUGAGUAUAGAAGUGAUUGUUAGAAAAAUAGUUCCAGCUCAGAGCAUUCAAAAUAUUUCAAAUGUUUUUGCAUAAGUCGAUCAGAAUAUGUAUGGAUACUCCAGGCCGAAAGACUUCAUUUUAUAAUGUUGCUAGGCGCCAGCAAGAAAUCCUUGUUAAAUAUUGUAGCGAAGACAUUUUUUAACAGUUUUGUAGCUAUUAGUGUGGAAAUUAAAAUGCACGCUUGCUUCAGGAGAUUAAUAGAAUAAUAUAAAAGUUAAAAAUAUAUAUAUUUAUGCAAAAGUGUGUAUGAGGAUUUGAAACAUUCACAAAAUUAGCAAAUGCGUACUGAUUUUGAAAUGAAUUACAAGAAGAAUUUGUUUGUGAUAUCAUAGAGACGUAUCCAAAUGCAUUUGAAAACAAAAUCGUCCAUUAUUUUGAAAAAAUUCACUUGUAAACAUACGAAAAAACCGUUUACGUGUAUAUUAUAACGUACAUUACGUUUUAACUGCGGUUGCAUUUAUUAGUAUGACAAAAAAAUAAUUGAAGUAAAAAAUCAGAAUGAUCGUUGUAGUAAGACAUAUGAUAAAACGUGGUUUAAUAAGU